CUCCGACCGGAUAUGGAAAUAAACCAUAAUUAAUUUUCACCAUGUUUAAGUAAUUCUUUAUGUUUAUGUUGAUUUUGAUUCUUUAUGAAAUAGACUGAAUUAUCAUUAUCAUUAUCAUAUCAAUAUGUCUCGAGCAUUGUCAUCAUCACAAGUAUUAAUUGGACAAUCAGUUGUACCAGCUACUAUAAUAUUUUCUAUUGAAUCGGGUAAAAUUCUUCAUAUUGAAUUACUGAUCGUAUCAGAAGAUGAUGAAUUAUUAAAAUUAUAUAAUGUAUUACCUAUAGAUUAUCGAAAUGUUAGUCCAUUAGUUAUUAUGCCAGGAUUAGUGGAUGCUCAUGUUCAUCUUAAUGAACCUGGAAGAACUGAAUGGGAAGGGUUUGCGACUGGUACUCAAGCGGCUGCUGCAGGUGGAGUAACUACUGUAAUUGAUAUGCCUCUUAAUGCUAUACCUCCAACGACAACCAUUGCUAAUUUUAAUUUAAAAAUUGAUGCAGCAAAAGAUCAAACUUGGGUUGAUGUAGGAUUUUGGGGAGGUUUAGUUCCAGAUAAUUUAGAUCAUUUGAAUCCAUUAAUAACAAUGGGAGUUAGAGGGUUUAAAGGUUUCAUGAUUGAAAGUGGAGUAGAGGAGUUCCCGGCUAUUGAUCCACCAUAUAUUUUAAAAGCUAUGGAUAAAGUUAAAGAUAAGAAAACAAUUUUAAUGUUCCAUGCUGAAAUGCAACCUCAUGAAAAUCAUAAUCAGAAGUCUAAUGAUAUAAACUUGGGAAUGUCAGCUUCAUUUAUUAACCGAGCUCCUAAGCCAGUAGUUGAAUUAUUAACUUCUGAUACUUAUCAUCAGGAAGAACAUGAGAAUUGUGAAUUACCUCAUAAUCAUGCAGGAUCAAUUGAUCAUUCAGUAUUAACAGAUAAACAAGCUUUAGCAUUGGCUAAAUCACCUCUUUUGGCAGCUGUUGAACCCACAUUUGGGAAGUUUGCCAGAAUAGCUAAUCAUCAUUACAAUAAGGAUUUGGAAGAAGUUUAUGAGCAUGAAUCACCUUUUAUUAAAGCUACGGAAGUAGAAGAGGAUGAUGAUGAUACGAAAUUACUUGCUAAUGUUGAUCCAACAUCUUAUGCCUCUUUUUUAGCUUCAAGACCUGAUAAUUUUGAAACUACAGCUAUUGCUGAAAUAAUCAAUUGUUCAACUAAAUUUCCUACUGUACCAUUACAUAUUGUUCAUUUGGCUACUCAUGAAGCAGUACCAUUGAUUAGAGCCGCUAAAUCUAAGGGAUUACCUAUUACGGCUGAAACAUGUUUCCAUUAUUUAUCUUUAUAUGCUGAAAAGAUUAGUAAUUGUUCUACCCACUUCAAAUGUUGUCCACCAAUCAGAACAGAAGAAAAUAAGAAGUUGUUAUGGAGAGCCUUAAGAAAUGAUAUUAUUACUACUGUUGUAUCAGAUCAUUCACCAUGUACUCCUGAAUUAAAAGGAUUACAAAAGGGUGAUUUCUUUGAAGCUUGGGGAGGUAUAUCAUCGGUUGGGUUUGGAUUACCAAUCUUAUAUACUGAAGGAUUAAAAUUAUCACCACCUAUUACAUUUGGAGAUAUUAACAAGUGGUGUUCUAUAAAUACAGCCAAACAAGUAGGAUUAAGUCAUUGUAAAGGUAAAAUUGAAAUAGGUUAUGAUGCAGAUUUAUUAAUAUUUGAUCCAACUGCUCAAUAUGAAGUUAAAAAUCAUGAAACUUUCUUUAAAAAUAAAUUAACUGCUUAUAAUGGUAUGAAAUUUCAAGGUAGAGUCAUUGAAACUAUUGUAAGAGGUAAUUCAGCUUUUGCAUUUGGUAGAGGUCAUUCCGAUUUACCAAUGGGUAAAUUGAUCUUAGAGCCUAGAAUU